AUGAAGAUUCCGUACAACCAGGUCCACUGCCGAGGCGACAUCCUCUUUGCCGUUCGUGGAGGCAAGAUUCACUCCUUCAACCUUCCAGACGGCAAACACAUCUCAACAUGGCAACACCCGGAUGUAGAGAAAGUUACCAAGGCGCGCGAGGUUAUUUCGGAGACAAAAUCUGAGAAGGAGCCUUCUGUGGAUGUUGACGAUGACGUGGGGGUUGACGAAAGUGAGCCGCCGGCCAAGAGGCAGAAGACAGAUGCCGGCGUCGACAACAAGGCAGUCGUUGACGAUGCCGCAGAGGAUAGAGGGGCCGGUCAACCUUGCGAAAGGAAGGGCAAAUCGAAGGAGAGCAAGGCCAAGAACAAGAAGACCCAUCAUGAAAGCAAGAAGCACCAAGUGGCCCGCGUGCCUGAUCGUCCUGUAGUUACCCUACUCACCAGUACCGAGGAUGGCCGUCAUGUGCUGGCUGUAUCUGGUCACGAUAAAGUCAUUUGGGUAUUUGCUCACGAUGGGCAUGGAAGUCUCACACGGCUAAGCCAAAGAACAAUGCCUAAACGCCCUUCGGCCGUCACGAUAACCCCGGAGGCCCAGAUCAUGUGCGCCGACAAGUUUGGUGAUGUCUACUCGCUACCUCUUAUCAUGAACUCUACCUCGGCAGAAUCGGCGCCUCGCGUCUCCACACCAAAUCCUGUGGCCAAGACGAUCGUGCUCGAGGCAAACCCGCUCACCGUGCACUCCAAGCGCAACCGCGAGGCUCUCGACAAUCAGAGGAAGCAGCUCGAACUGAAAAAGAAGAGGGGCGAGGAGCCAGCGAAGGAUGAGGAGCCUGCCUUUGAAUUGACGCUGCUUCUGGGCCACGUCUCAUUACUGACGACCUUGGUGCUGGGAAAGUCUGAUAGCCGAAGGUAUAUCAUCACGGGUGAUCGUGACGAACACAUCAGAGUAUCUCGCUACGUCCCACAGGCGCACAUUAUCGAAGGGUUCUGCCUGGGACACAAGCAAUUCGUCAGCGAGAUCAUGAUUCCAUCCUCUAGGGACGAGAUCCUAGUCUCAGGGGGAGGGGAUGAGGAAUUGUUUGUAUGGGACUGGAAAGCGGGUAAAGUCUUGUCCACGACGAACCUUCUUUUACUAGCUCAAGCGAAUGCCCCGGAAACCGCCAAGAUCGCGGUCACAGGCCUGUACUCAUUUGUGCACUCCUCCGAAUCGGGAGAAGUUGUCUACGUCCUCGCCAUCUGCGAAAGUGUAAAUUCCAUCUUUUCGUGGCAGCUUACCGCCAGCAACGUACUCGACCAUGUCAAUGUCAUUCAACUCCCUGCAACGCCGCUGCACUUAUCCGUCGCCGCAUCCGACGGUACCACACUACCACGGCUCAUUGUCGCCAUGGACCCAAGCCAGGUGCCUCAAGCCAAAAGCCUACAGAUGUUCACUCUAGAAAUAAGGGAUGGACGGCUGGCCAUUGACACGGAGCCAUCUAUCCAUGACGAAGGGUUGGAGGCUGAUGAGGUGGAAGCCUCCGAACAGGAGGUCCGCAGCCUGCUGUACACGGUUGAAAAUCUUAGAAAGCAAACUGACGGCGCUGAGAACGCCGAGGCCGACUCUAAGGAACAACCGCGACAUGUUGCGUCGUCACGGUAUGGGACAUUGGACAUGAGACGCAGUGCCUCUGGUGCAUCACAUAAAUGA